AGUCACCAGCUGCACAAGGGCAGUCGGCUCUCCGCUCCUGCCGGCCGGAGAGCCCUUUAAAAAGCUGCGCCGCGAUGCCAUGCUCCUCCGGCGCGCGUCAUUUCCGGAGCAUUGGUGGUUGGGGUAACCGGGGACGCUCGGUGUUGCCAACAACGCGGGAGGAGCUGAGUGCGGCUGGCUCGGCGGCCAAGGACAGGCCGGAACGGAGCUGAGAUCUGCUCCAUCUCAUUCGGGGAAGGCAAACAUGCCUGCCUGUCCAGAAGAUCCAAGAAAAAAUUUCAUCCUCAGAACGGCAGGAAAUUAUUUUGGCUUUUCACCUUCAGAUUCUCUCAUUUCGUCAGUGGGAAGCAGAAAGGAAUUGAACAAUUUUCUGGAUGAUGGCAAUGUAUUUGUUAUCUCAUUUCAGAAAUCUGGUGACCAGCUGGUUAUAUGUAAUAAGGUUGAACCAGGUGAUAAAAACGACAAAAUACUGGUCUUCUUUAAGAUGCGCCCAGAUGUCAUUACUGAAGAUAAUUUGCACACCAAUAUACUUGUGUCAUCUAUGCUUGAUUCACCUAUAAUUGCUCUUUAUCAAGCAAUACGUCAAAUAUUUGCACCAGUACUUUUGAAGGAUGAGAAAUGGAGUAAAAGUUUUGACCCUAAACUGCAGAAUUUACUGACUCAACUUGAAGCAGGUUUAGGAUCUAUUGUAAGACACUCAGAUCAUAGUCACAGUGGAAUCAAAUUCGGUGGAGAACUGGACACUUCAGGAAUUUUGGAACCUAGUGAUGAAUUUCAGUUCUGGGCAGAAGUUGCUGCAGCUGAUGAUAAACCAGACAGAAAAGAAAGAGCCCAACAUUUUGAGGAACUAUUUCAUACAAUUGCCCAGCAGUACAACAAUUUGGACACACUUUCUUUGGCUGAUGUCGUGGAUUUGGUUGAGACUACUUGUGAUACUGUGGAUGAUGUAUGGAGACAAACUGAGCAUGAUUUUUACCCAGAGUCACGAAUGCGCCAUCUGCUGGAUAUCAUAGGAAAUGCCUUGGGUAGAUUUGUACAGAAAACUCUUAUGCAGUUAAAUUUAUGGGGAGAUGCUUUUCACAUUGUGAAAGAGAGUCUCAGAUCUGGCGUCACCAUCUGUGAACAGUGGGUGGCAGCAUGUGAUCACCUGACAGGACAGCUUUGGCGACGAUAUACUCCUCAUCAGUGGAAAAGUGAGAAACAUUAUCCAGAGUCAUUGGCUAGACUUGCCAAACGCCUUGGAGAGAUUCAAACUUGUAGAACUGUUCAUGAAAAGCUUAUGCGGCUCUUACCAGCUGGAGAACAGCAAUUACUUCACAAUGCCCAGGUGUUUGAGCCCUUUGCUGGACUGAAUCCAGUUCAAUAUAAUCCUUACACUGAGCCACUGUGGAAAGCUGCCAUGGCCCAAUAUGAACGUUCAAUAGCUCCUUCUGAGCAGAAGGUCGCAAGUAAACUGAAAAUCUCUAUUGUGGAGGUGCAAGAUAAUCCCCAGCAGCUUCUGCAGGCAUUUCAAAAGUACAAGGAACUAGUCAAACGGCCCAGCAUCAGCAAGGAGCUGCUUUCAGAACGUGAAAUGUUGUUAGCAAAACUUGCGGAAUACAUUAAAGGCAUUCAUGCUGAUUUUGAGAGUCGGCGGCGUGGUGUUCCUGGAGAACCGUCAGGCCCACUUUCAGGCAAGAAUCUGCCAGAGGUUGUCAAUAAUAUUAUUUGGGUUAGACAACUGGAACUAAAGGCUGAAGACACUAUAAAGAUCGCUGAGGCAUUGCUGAGUGACUUGUCAGGAUUUCAGUCAUUUUGGCGAAAUUGCAAUGAACUUCUGGACCAGUUGAGAACCUAUGAGCAAGAGCAGUUUGAUGACUGGUCUAGGGACAUACAAUCAUCUGUAUCAGAUCCCACAUCUGACAUCAGUUUGCAGGCCAAUGGUCGAGUUAUAGAAUUGGAUCACUCAGAUGGGAAGUUGAAAAUACAUUACUCAGACCGCCUAGUUUCAUUGUUGAGAGAAGUGCGCCAGCUUUCUGCUCUGGGAUUUGCUAUUCCUGCGCGAAUCCAACAAACGGCAAUUACAGCUCAGAAGUUCUACAGACAGGCAGUUAUUCUCAAGCAGGUUGCUCACUUUUACAAUACUAUUGAUCAGCAGAUGAUUCCUAGCCAGAGACCCAUGAUGUUAAGCUCUGCUUUAUCUUUUGAACAACUCAUAAAGAACCCAAAAGCUGGAUCCAAGGAAUCUGGCGGUAAAGUGCAGAUCACUUGGGAUAACCCCAAGGAGCUAGAGGCCUAUAUUCAGAAACUUCACACUGCAGCGGAAUGCCUUACAACAGAGAACAGAAAGCUGAGGAAAUAUCACACUGACUUCCGUGAUAAGGUCGUAGCUCUUAUGAACAUUGAUCUACUUCGCCAGCAACAAAGAUGGAAAGAUGGACUGCAAGAGCUGAGAUUUGUUUUUUCCACCCUUGAGUCACAGGGCUUUCGUUCUGGUGAUAUGAAAGCAUGGCGACAGCAUUGGAAUCAUCAGUUGUACAAAGCACUGGAACAUCAGUACCAGUUGGGCUUGGAGGCCUUGAAUGAAAACCUUCCUGAAAUUGUUGUUGAGCUGACAUUCAAACAAGGAAGGCUACAGUUUAAACCUCCAUUUGAAGAACUACGGGCAAAAUACUACAGAGAAAUGAAGAGGUUUAUUUCUAUUCCAAAUCAGUUCAAGGGUGCAAGUGAGCCAGGAGAAGAUCCUAUCUUUGUUGGCAUGAUAGAGAGAAAUGCAAAAGGUUUUGUCACUGUUUUUAGUAAAGCAGAAGAACUGUUUAAACGCCUGGCAGCAGCAUUGGAUAAGUUUCAGGAAUGGAUUGUGCUUGGACAAGUGGAUGUUGAAGCAUUAAUUGAGGAACAUCUUCACACUGUACAUGACUGGGAGAAGAAUUUCAAGGCUCUGAAAGGCAGAGGAAAAGAUUCUGAAAGGCUUCCAAGUGUCAUCAAAGUGGAUUGUAUUACAAUUAACUGUAACCCGGCAAAGGCUAUGAUUGAUGACUUUAUUCAGAUGCUGUUUGACGCUUUGCUUCAGUCAUUAAGAAAGUCCAUACAAGUGAAUAUCCACAAGAUUGAUAGUUUUGUGAGUGAUGCAAUGGAAAUAUUAUCAACAAGACCUGAGACAGUGGAAGAAAUUGGAGAGGCAAAUUCAAAACACACAGAGAUUGCUUCAAAGAAACCUCAUGUUUUACCCCUGUUUCAAGAUGCUGAAGAUAAAAAUAAGCUGCUGCGCUCUGUAGCAGGUGGUGGUCUUGAAACUCUUACCAGCCUGAGAGCAAAAUGGGACAAGUUUCAGUUAAUGAUGGAGAGUCAUCAGCUUAUGGUGAAAGAACAGGUUGAAAUUAUGAAAGCAAAUGUUGAGUCUCGUAUAAAUAUGUACAUCCAAAAGCUGGAGAAGUUUGAAGCUCGCUGGAAUCAGUUGAAGCCCAGUGAUGAUAUUAUUGACAGUGGGAACGGAGAAAUUCUCAACAAAUGUGUGGAAUGUAUAAAGGAGAAGAGAAUUGAGUUCGAUGAACUGGAGGCAACCAGAAAGAAGUUGAUUGAAGACUGUUACCAUUUCAAAGUCGAGGAACCUGAAUUUGAGUUGGCAGAGCAUCUUCGUGAGAAUCUUGAACAGUAUGAAAGUAUGUGGUCAUUAUAUGAGGACUUUACCAAAGGUUUACAAAAUAUGCUAAAUGAGGACUGGAUCUCCUUUAGGAGUAAGACCUACAUUUUUGAAGAUUUUUUAUUGAUGUGGUUCGAUAAGCUGAGAAAGAGAAAUGAACAAACAACAAUAACUGUCAAACUGCAGAAAGAUGUUGAUAGAUACAAGACAUUAGUCCCUGUUCUGAAGUAUGUCCGUGGAGAUCAUCUCUCCCAGGAUCACUGGCUGGACCUGUUUCGUCUGCUCGGCAUGCCAAGAGGCACCACAAUUGAGAAAUUGCAAUUCGGGGACUUGUUAAUAGUGGCAGAUGUCAUAGUAGCAAAAUCUUCAGACCUAAAAGAACUCAACAGUCGAGCACAAGGGGAAGUCUCCAUUAGAGAAGCAUUGCGGGAGCUUGACCUGUGGGGUGCUGCAUCAAUCUUUAUGAUGACUGAUUAUCAGGAUAGCCAGAAAAUAACAAUCAAGCUGAUUAAAGAUUGGAAAGACAUUGUUAACCAGGUUGGAGAUAACCAGUGCCUACUUCAGACCCUGAAGGACUCCCCCUACUAUAAGGGAUUUGAGGAUAAAGUGUCCAUUUGGGAAACUAGAUUAGUGGAUCUUGAUGAAUACCUACACAAUUUAAAUCAAAUUCAAAGGAAAUGGGUUUAUCUAGAGCCAAUAUUUGGUCGUGGAGCUCUCCCUAAAGAACAGGGACGCUUUAAGAGAGUUGAUGAUGAUUUCAGAUCAAUAAUGGCAGAUGUUCAAAGAGACAACAGAGUAACUUCACUCUGUAUGCGAGCUGGCAUCAGGCAUUCGCUCAUUACCAUAUUAGACCAGCUGCAAAGAUGCCAGAAGUCACUCAAUGAAUUUCUGGAGGAAAAACGGUCAGCAUUCCCACGGUUCUAUUUCAUUGGUGAUGAUGAUUUACUGGAAAUCCUGGGACAGUCCAGCAAUCCUUCUAUCAUUCAGACUCAUCUCCGAAAGCUUUUUGCUGGUAUUAACAGUGUGGACUUUGAUGAAAAUUUCCAACACAUCAUUGCAAUGAAGUCUCUGGAUGGUGAAGUUGUGCCUUUAAAAAGCAAGAUUUGUGUUACAGAUGAUGUUGAGGUUUGGCUGAAUAACUUGGCUGAAGUAAUGAAAGAAACCUUGAAACACUUGUUGGUUGAGUGCAUUGCUGCUUGGAAACAAUCACAAGGUGCCAUUGAUCCAUCAUGUUUUCCAUCACAGAUCCUUUGUUUAGCUGAACAGAUUCAGUUUACUAAAGACGUUGAAAAUGCUAUAAAAAAGCACAGCUUGCAACAGCUAGAUGUAGAACUGAUGGCAAAAUUGGAAAGCUACACAAGUAUAGACUCUUAUAUUGAGGAAGCAGGGAAUGCUGAAACUACUGUUCUGGAGUUGAAACUCAAAGCCCUAAUUCUUGACAUCAUUCACAACAUAGAAGUGGUUAAGCAACUGAAUCAAGCACAAAUUAACAACACUUCAGACUGGGCUUGGAAGAAACAACUUCGGUUCUACAUGAAACCAGACAAUAACUGUUACAUUCAGAUGGUGGAUGCAGAGUUCCAGUAUACAUAUGAAUACCAGGGUAAUACUCCAAAGCUGGUUCAUACUCCUCUAACAGACAAGUGCUACCUGACUCUCACUCAAGCCAUGAAAAUGGGACUUGGAGGGAAUCCAUAUGGACCAGCUGGUACUGGCAAGACAGAAUCUGUGAAAGCACUGGGUGGCCUGUUUGGUAGGCAGGUCCUUGUUUUUAACUGUGAUGAGGGCAUAGACGUGAAGUCCAUGGGCCGAAUUUUUAUUGGUUUGGUGAAAUGUGGUGCAUGGGGCUGCUUUGAUGAGUUUAAUCGUUUAGAGGAAGCUGUACUGUCUGCUGUUUCUAUGCAAAUUCAGGCUAUUCAGGAUGCUUUGAAAAAUCACAGACGAUUUUGCGAACUGCUAGGGAAGCAGAUUGAUCUUGAUCCAAACUCUGGAAUAUUUAUCACCAUGAAUCCUGCUGGAAAAGGUUAUGGAGGACGACAAAAACUCCCUGAUAAUCUAAAACAACUUUUUCGACCUGUUGCCAUGUCUCGACCAGAUAAUGAACUUAUUGCUGAAGUGAUUCUUAAUGCAGAAGGAUUUAAAGAUGGGAACAUAUUGGGCAGGAAAUUAGUAGCCCUCUUUAAUCUUUCCAGAGAGCUUCUGAUGCCGCAGCAGCAUUAUGACUGGGGUUUGAGAGCAUUGAAGACAGUCCUCAAGGGAUGUGGAAAUCUGCUUCAACAACUAAAGAAAAACAAAAGAACAAUUGAUGAGAGUCACAUUGUUGUUCAGGCUCUGCGCCUUAACACUAUGUCAAAACUGACAUUUGCCGACUGUACGAGGUUUGAUGCUUUGGUGAGAGAUAUUUUCCCUGGUGUUAACUUCAAAGAUGUUGAAUAUGUGGACCUGGCUGCUGCUCUCCAUGAGGCAUUUGAGGAAGCAAACUUAGAGAUUAUACCCAACCAGAUAAAGAAGGCUUUGGAACUUUUUGAACAACUGCGCCAGAGGAUGGGAGUAGUUAUUGUGGGUCCAAGUGGUGCAGGAAAAUCGACACUAUGGCGAAUGUUACGGACAGCUCUCGGUAAAAUAAACAAGACAGUGAAGCAGUACACAAUGAAUCCCAAAGCCAUGCCACGCCAGCAGCUCCUGGGUCACAUUGACAUGGAUACCCGAGAAUGGUCUGAUGGUGUGUUAACAAAUAGUGCUCGUCAGGUUGUUCGAGAGCCACAGGAAGUUCACUCCUGGAUUAUCUGUGAUGGGGACAUUGAUCCUGAGUGGAUUGAGUCCUUAAACUCAGUACUAGAUGAUAAUCGGCUGCUCACCAUGCCAAGCGGAGAAAGGAUCCAGUUUGGACCAAAUGUUAACUUUCUAUUUGAAACUCAUGAUCUUAGCUGUGCAUCUCCUGCUACAAUAUCCAGAAUGGGAAUGAUCUUCCUUAGUGAUGAAGAUACAGAUGUAAGUUCUUUGGUGAAAUCUUGGCUACGAAACCAGGUAGAUGAAUGCCGGAGCAAUCUUGAAAGCUGGAUAGGAGACUACUUUGAAAAGUGUUUGAAUUGGGUUUUGAAGCAGAAUGACUUUGUGGUGGAAACUAGUCUUGUUGGAACUGUUUUGAAUGGCUUGUCUCAUCUUCAUGGUUGUAUGGAUCGUGGGCAGUUCGUUGUUAGUCUAAUUAGAGGUCUUGGUGGUAAUCUUAACAUGAAAUCACGACAAGAAUUUUCUAAGGAGGUUUUAAACUGGGCAAGAGAAUCACCGCCAGAUCCACGGCAGACUCUGGACACAUAUUAUGACCAACAGAGUGGACGACUCAUGACAUAUCAGAUGGAGAAACCAGAGAAUCUGACUGCUGAUGAUUUCAGUAACCCUCAGAAACUUCCUGUCAUCCGAACUCCUGACAUGCAAAGAGGGCUAGAUUAUUUUAAACCAUGGUUAAGUUCUAACAGCAAACAACCAUUUAUACUAGUAGGACCCGAAGGAUGUGGAAAAGGGAUGCUUCUUCGUUAUGCAUUCUCUCAGCUUAGAUCUACUCAAAUUGCAACAGUUCAUUGUAGUGCACAGACCUCGCCUCGACAUAUUCUGCAGAAGUUGAGCCAGACGUGCAUGGUUAUAAGUUCUAACACUGGUCGUGUAUACAGACCCAGGGACUGUGAACAUCUGGUAUUAUAUUUGAAAGAUAUUAAUCUACCUAGACCAGACAAAUGGGGAACCAGCAGCAUUAUUGCAUUUCUGCAGCAGGCGCUGACGUACCAUGGCUUUUAUGAUGAAAAUUUGGAGUGGGUUGGAUUAGAAAAUAUUCAGAUCGUGGCUUCAAUGUCAGUAGGUGGUGCUAUGGGACGACACACCCUAACAACAAGAUUUACAUCUAUUGUGAGGAUCUGUACAAUAAACUAUCCUGAUAGAGAGCAACUACAGGCGAUCUACAGUGCAUAUCUGCAGCCUGUGCUGCAUAGGAAUCUAAAGAACCAUCCCAUCUGGACAUGUCCAACACGAAUACACCAGCUGGCUGGUUCCCUGGUACAAGUCUAUGAACAGGUUCGAACAAAGUUUACAGUGGAUGACAAUAGUCAUUACCUAUUUACUCCUUGCAUUCUUACUCAGUGGGUACUUGGAUUGUUCCGAUAUGAUCUUGAGGAAGGUGCGUCACAACAAUCAGUGGAUCAUGUUCUUGAAGUUGUUGCUUAUGAGGCCCAUCGCUUAUUUCGUGACCGUAUAGUGGGAUCGCAAAACCUAAUUGCAUUUGACAACAUUUUAAUAUCAGUCAUCCGAGGAGAUUGGAGCUCAGAUUUACUGGACAAUAUAACAGAUUUGUUUUAUGUUACUUGGGGGGCUCGACAUGAAGCUGGUUCUGUAACUGCUCCCGACCAACCUUUACCUCCAUAUGGGAAGAUGCUGGGAAAGUUAAGUUUUUCUGACUUGAAAGAAGUUAUCCAAAAGGGAAUUGUUCAGUAUGGGAGAGACAAUAGAGAGCUGGACAUUCUACUAUUCCAUGAGGUUUUGGAUUACAUGGCAAGAAUAGACCGUGUGCUGAGCUGUCCUGGAGGCUCGCUGCUCCUAGCAGGACAAAGUGGUGUAGGUCGUAGGACAGCCACCUGUGUGGUCAGUCACAUGCAUGGAGCAAUGCUGUUUACACCAAAAAUUUCCAGGAGUUAUGAGAUCAAACAGUUCAAAAAUGAUUUAAAACAUGUGAUGCAGCUUGCAGGUCUUGAUGGACAUCAAGUUGUGUUGCUUCUGGAGGACUACCAGUUUGUGCAUGCUCAGUUCCUUGAGAUGGUGAACAGUGUCCUGUCUUCAGGUGAAGUGCCUGGGCUGUAUACACCAGAAGAACUGGAACCAAUCCUAUCACUUCUAAAAGAUCAGGCCUCACAGGAUGGAUUCACUGGCCCAAUCUUUAAUUACUUCUCAUAUAGAAUUCAGCAGAACUUGCAUGUUGUCCUUAUUAUGGACUGCACCAACUCCAACUUCACAAUUAACUGUGAAAGCAAUCCAGCUUUUUACAAGAAGUGUUCAGUACAGUGGAUGGAAGGCUGGUCUAAUAACAGCAUGAAGAAAAUUCCAGAAAUGUUGCUUUCAUUGAGCUGUGGCCAAGAUAAGAAAGAAAAGGGGCGUAGAAGUUCAAUUUCUGGUGAUGCUGAUCUAACAAAGUCUUUUCUGAUGAUUCAUGAGUUUUGCAGAGCAUAUGGGGCUACUCCACACAGAUAUAUGAUUUUCUUGAAUGUAUACAGCUCAAUCUACAAUACUAAGAAAACUGACUUAAUGAAUCGGCAGAGUCAUUUACAGGCUGGAGUUUCUAAACUAAAUGAAGCCAAAGCACUUGUUGAUGAACUGAAGAGAAAGGCAGCAACACAGAGCAUAUUGCUGAAAACCAAGCAAGCAGAAGCUGAUGCUGCCUUGCAAGAGAUCACAGUAUCAAUGCAGAAUGCAAGUGAACAGAAAACUGAAAUGGAACAGAUCAAACAGAAGAUAGCCGAGGAGGUGGUGAAGAUUGAAAAGCGUAAAAGUGUAAUUGACAAUGAGCUUAAGCAGGUCCAGCCUCAUGUAGAUGAAGCCAAACGAGCUGUAGGAAAUAUAAAGCCAGAAUCACUCUCAGAAAUCCGUUCACUGCGAAUGCCACCUGAUGUAAUCAGAGAUAUUUUGGAGGGAGUGUUACGGUUGAUGGGUAUUUUUGAUACUUCGUGGGUCAGUAUGAAAAGUUUCUUGGCCAAACGGGGAGUGAGAGAAGAGAUUGCAACCUUUGACGCCUGGAAUAUCAGCAGAGAAAUACGAGAGAGUGUAGAAGGACUAUUACAGAAAAACAGUGCUUCAUUUGACCCAAAGAAUGCCAAGCGUGCCAGUGCUGCAGCUGCUCCCUUGGCUGCAUGGGUCCGAGCUAAUGUGAAAUAUUCAUAUGUACUGGAGAAGAUUCAACCUCUGGAAAAAGAACAGGCUGCAUUAGUUGAAAACUUAAAUAAAACUGAAGAAAGGAAACAGAGUCUCGAAAUCAAGCUCUGCAGUGUGGGACGGAAAGUGGCUGAACUUAAAGAAAAAUUCCAGAUCAGAACAACUGAAGCUGCUAAACUGGAAGCAGAGGUAAAUAAAGCUCAGGAGACCAUAGAGGCAGCUGAAAAACUGAUAGGUCAGCUUGAUGGUGAACACAGAAGGUGGAAUGCACAAGUAGCAGAAAUCACAGAAGAGUUAAAUACUUUACCGAAGAGAGCACAACUGGCUGCUGCUUUUAUUACCUAUCUGUCUGCCGCUCCAGAAGAUCAGAGAAAAGCCAGUUUGGAGGAAUGGAUGAAAUCAUCAGGCCUGCAAAAAUUUGAUCUACGUCAUUUUCUCUACACUGAAAGUGAGCAAUUGAUUUGGAAGAGCGAAGGAUUACCUUCUGAUGACCUGUCUGUGGAAAAUGCUCUUGUCAUCUUGCAGAGUCGUAUAUGCCCAUUCUUAAUAGACCCUUCUUCACGUGCCACAGAAUGGUUAAAGAGUCACUUGAAGGAGGCACGCUUAGAAGUCAUUAACCAACAGGACUCUAACUUCAUUACAGCUGUAGAGCUGGCAGUGCGCUUUGGGAAGACACUAAUUAUCCAGGAGAUGGAUGGUGUUGAGCCUGUAUUAUAUCCACUCCUGAGAAGGGAUCUUAUUGCUCAGGGGCCUCGGUAUGUUGUACAAAUUGGGGAUAAAAUAAUUGACUACAACGAAGAAUUUCGUCUGUUUCUGGCAACCCGCAACCCCAAUCCUUCCAUUCCACCUGAUGCAGCUUCUAUUGUCAAUGAGGUUAACUUUACGACAACAAGAGAAGGUCUCAGGGGACAGCUGUUAGCUGUCACCCUGCAACAUGAGAAACCAGAACUAGAGGAACGUAAGACAACACUUCUACAACAGGAGGAGGAGAAAAAGAUUCAACUAGCAAAGCUUGAAGAUUCUCUGCUGGAGAAACUGGCAACUUCCCAAGGAAAUAUAUUGGAAAACAAAGGGCUCAUAGAGUCACUCAAUCAGACCAAGGCCAGCAGCGCACUAAUCCAGGAAUCCCUCAAUGAAUCAUUCAAAUUACAAGUCUCUUUAGAUCAGGAGAGGGAUGCAUUUCUUCCACUUGCUGAAACUGCCAGCAAAAUGUUCUUUAUCAUCACUGAUUUAUCCAAAAUUAAUAAUAUGUAUCGCUUUAGUCUGUCAGCCUUUCUUAGGCUCUUUCAACGAUCCUUACAGAACAGAAAGGAUUCUGAAAACACAGAUAUCCGAAUUACAACUUUGAUUGGUACCCUGAAAACUUCGGUAUAUGAAUAUAUUUGUCGUUCAUUAUUUAAGAUUGAUCAACUUAUGUUUGCCUUGCAUUUUGUACAUGGAAUGCAUCCAGACCUCUUUCAAGAAAAUGAAUGGGAUGCUUUUACUGGUUUGAUUGUCGGAGAUAUGCUUCGGAAAACCGAUAAUCAAAAAUCCAUACGGCAGUCAAUUCCAUCUUGGAUUGACCAAGAGAGGGCUGGAGCAGUGGCACUCUUAAAGACCACCUUUCCAUCGAUAUAUCAGACACUCUGUUUGGAAGAUGUAGACCUUUGGCUCACUUUCUCUCAAAGUUCAACCUGUGAACAAGACAUCCCGACAUCUAUUGCAAGAAGAAUCACUCUUUUUCAACAGGUUCUGAUUGUUCAGGCAAUAAGACCAGACAGACUUCAAAGUGCAAUGGCUCUUUUUGCAUCCAAAGCCCUUGGAAUGAAAGAGUUGUCCCCACCACCUUUGAAUCUGAAGCGUCUUUUAACUGAGACACUGGCAACUGAGCCAGUUCUCAUUAUUAUUUCACCUGGUGCUGAUCCUUCCCAAGAACUUCAAGAGCUGGCCAGUGAAACUAUUGGCAGAGAAAACUUUCAUGAGGUGGCUUUGGGCCAGGGUCAAGCUGAUACAGCCAUCCAAACACUAAAGGAAUGUGCACGCAAUGGGGAAUGGUUGUGUUUAAAGAACCUGCAUCUGGUUACAGCUUGGCUGCCAUUUUUAGAAAAGGAACUGAAUAGACUUGAUCCACAUACAAAUUUCCGUCUUUGGCUUACGUCUGAAAACCAUCCAAAGUUCUCCCCAAUCUUACUUCAGUCUAGUCUGAAAAUAACAUAUGAAGCACCACCAGGUUUAAAGAAGAACUUGAUGAGGACAUAUGAAUCCUGGACAUCAGAGCAAAUUGCUAGGAAAGGUGUACUAGAACGAGCACAAUCCCUCUUCAGCUUGGCCUGGUUUCAUGCUGUUUGUCAGGAGAGGAGGAAGUAUAUCCCUCAAGGUUGGACCAAGUUUUAUGAAUUUUCUUUGUCUGAUCUCCGAGCUGGAUUUGAAAUAAUUGACAGGCUUUUUGAAGAAACAAAGAAUGUUCAGUGGGAGUUUGUUCGUGGUCUAUUGGAAAAUGCUAUCUACGGUGGACGUAUCGACAACAUAUUUGAUUUACGAGUCCUGAAUUCGUAUCUGGAGCAAUUUUUCAGCCCUAAAGCAAUUGCUGGAUCACAGUCUAGGAGCAAAAACAUAGCAUCAUUUCCAUCAUCCAUCACUGUGCCCAGAUCCUGCAGCAUUAUGGAUUACCGUGCCGUUAUUACCCAUUUACCAGAAGACGACAAGCCUGCAUAUUUUGGUUUACCUGCCAACAUAGAACGAUCAUCACAACGCAUUUUCAGCAACCAGGUAAUUUCCCAACUCCGGAUUCUAAGCCGGUCAAUGACAGCUGGCUGCAAGUUUGACAGAGACAUUUGGUCGAAUGAAUUGUCUCCUAUUCUCAACCUGUGGAAGAAACUUAAUCAGGGCUCUCAACUGAUUCAUCAAAAGAUUUUCCCUCCAAAUGAGAAGCAGGGCUCCCCAAUCCAGUCAUUCAUAAUCUUGGAACAAUACAAUGCCAUCCGCCUGGUUCAAAGCAUCCAUCAGUCUUUGGCAGCAAUGAGCAAAGUGAUAAGAGGAACAUCUUUACUGACGUCUUCUGUACAGAAGCUCGCCACUGCAUUAAUGAAUCAAGAGUGUCCUUUGAGCUGGCAGAACAAAUGGGAGGGACCUGAAGACCCAAUGCAGUACCUUAGAGGAUCGGUAGCUCGUGCACUUGCAAUACAGCACUGGGUUGAAAAAGCUGAAAAUCAGACACUUCUCUCAGAUACCCUGGACCUGUCUGAACUGUUCCAUCCAGAUACCUUUCUUAAUGCUCUACGUCAAGAAACUGCAAGAGUUAUGGGUUGCUCAAUAGACAACCUGAAAUUUGUUGCUGCAUGGAAGGGACAGAUACGGGAUGCAAAACUUCAAGUUAGGAUUGGAGGCCUCUACCUAGAGGGAUGCAGCUUUGAUGGGAAUCGGCUUUCAGAAAACCGGCAUGAUUCUCCCAGCGUGUCAGCUGUGCCCCCUUGUUAUAUGGCCUGGAUUCUUCAGGAUGCUAAUGGGCCGUACUCUCCUGAAGAGUGCAUUUCGUUGCCAGUGUAUACCAGUGCUGAACGGGAUCAAGUAGUAACAAACAUUGAUGUCCCCUGUGGAGUCAACCAGGACCAAUGGAUUCAGUCUGGGGCAGCUUUAUUCCUGAAGAAUCAGUGAUUUAUUUUUUUGUAUUUUUAGCAGAAUCUUUGAAACAUGUUAUCUUAAAUUUUUUAAAAAAGAUUCCUUGUUUAUGUAUUGAACAUUAUGUUGAUGCAGCGUGCUUACGGCCUAUCACAUUUGGUACAUUGUAGUACAAAAUACACCAGAAAAAGACAAUAUUUAUGUUUAACUAAAUUUUUACAGUACUUUAAUUAGAAAUAAUCGAAACAAUUCAGAUUUCUGCAAUUAAUUACUACCUUGUUUCCAUUCAUUCCAUACAUUGUGGGCAGAAUUUUGACCCCCAUCGGGGGUGUUGUGUGGGGGGUGGACGGGAGCGAGCGUGAACCCAAUCGGCACAGAGGUACUUCGGGGAGAUUAGUUUAAGUUUAAAAUUUCUAUAUAAAGUAUUUGAAAACGUUUAGAACAUGACCCCUCAUGUGACAGUGUCACAUGAGCUGGGACAUACCAAUGAUUUUUAAAAUUUUAUUGAAUUUUUAUACACUUCAUGAAACCUCAUCCUCCCCGUGCAUGACGUUCCAUGAAAAAUG